AUGAAUGACACUGAUGAAAAGCUAUUUAAACAAGGUGUAGUACCAGAAAAUGCUUCGCAAAACAAAAACAGCAAAAACAAUACCACUGCCGUCAACCAAAAUAAUAUAGGAUCCAAAAUGAGCACUGAACAGAAUUUCCCAGAAAGCGAUGAGGGUAUGGCAAAUGACCCCGCAAACAAUUUCUUUUCUACUUCAUUCGAUUCGAUGUUGGAGGUCUUACCUGACUCAAUGAAUUUGGAUGCCUUCUCCAAUUAUUACUAUGACUCCCCAGAUGUGAAUUUUAAAAAUAGCAUAAGUGAUGCCACUCUAAAUGGAAAUAUAACUAGUAAUAACACUGAUAUUGAUAUCACUUCAACUACAGAGUUCAUACCAAAUGCAGAUGCAGCCCCUUUAUCCGAAGAUGUCCUUUCGAAUGUUAAUGAAUUCAAUAAAAACAAUGUCAGUUCAGUUGUCCAACCAAUCGAUAUAGUCGACCAACAAAAUGGUGAAAUUGCACAAUUGUGGGAUUUUAAUAUCGAUGAAUUUAUGAUGACGCCGAAUGGCUCAAAUUCAGCAACAAUUAGUGCUCCAAAUAGUUUUAACUCAGAUAUGCAUUUAAGUCGCGGAAGCGCCCCUAACUCAUAUUUUAUACAGAACUUCACAAAUAAUGAUACGCUCUUCAAUAAUAACAAUUUAGAUAAUAAUGUUAGCUCACCAGCAAUGACAUCUUUUAUCCAUAAUCAAAAUGUUGGUCAAUCUUUCAAAAGAGAUAGUUUACCCACAUCAAACGCUAUUUCUACGAAAAGUAUUCCAAAUAGGAGAAGAUCGUCAUCUAAUUAUGGUAAAAGCUUAUAUUCAGAGGAAAUCGGUAUCCCACUAAGCUCGUUACCCACGUCAAAUUCGGUUAGGAAAAAUUCAGUUUUAAGACAAAUGUCAUCUUCGUCGUUAUCAAGUUAUAAAAGAGGGGCAAAUGCCUCAUCAAAUGACUUAGCGAAGAAGCCGCCAGUCCAGUGUGCAAAUUGUAAGACAUUUAAAACUCCAUUAUGGAGGAGAGAUGCACAAGGGAAUAUUCUAUGUAAUGCAUGUGGGUUGUUCCAAAAGUUGCAUGGGACAAUGAGACCACUUUCAUUAAAAUCAGAUGUUAUAAAAAGAAGAAAAGCCAAAAAAGGCACAAAAAAGCACCAGCAACAGUUAGAACAACAACAACAACAGCAAAAACAACAGCAACAGCAACAAGAUAGAAAGAAGGAGUUUGCUGAUAAUAGAUUGAAAAAUGAAAAGUCUACUGACAGAAGUACGAAACAAAUUGCAUCUGACAUCAAUAACAUUAACUCACAUCUAUUAUCCUACAAUAACCUAACGAAUACUAAUAUACAGAAAGAGUUUCAAACAGAAUUUCAAAAUAAUUUGUCUAAGUCAUAUACUGAUCAACCAGCCCUGCAGCAGCCACUACCAGGAAACCUAAGCAAUAGUACUUUAACAAAAGCGAUUUAUAAAUCAAGAACAAGUAGUAUUUCAUCAAAUUCAAGUAAAUCUUCCUCAAAAUCUGUAGUUCCGAUAUUGCCAAAGCCUUCACCUAUUCCGCAUACACAAUUUAAUCCAAAUAUAUAUUCGUCGACGAGUGCUAAUAGUAGUACUUCAUCUUCCCCAAGAGUUGUAACACCGAUAACAUCGGGAUCAAUAUUACAGGGCUCGCAAUCUGUGUUAUUCUCAAAUUCUUUAGGAAGAUCUGGCAUGUCAAUUCCAAGAAGAAGAUUUUCAAGAAACAAAUCUGCAUCUACUUUAGCUUUGAACCAACAAGUACAACAUAAUCAACAAAAUCAACAAACCAGUAGCCAAUCCCAAAAUGCAACGACUCCGGGGAGUUGGGGAGGUAAUUACGGAGGUCAAAUAAAUAGUGGAGCAUCACCAAAAAAUGUACCAUUGCAAAAUUCUACUUUUGGUGAAUACCCUCCUCAAGGGAAUGGCUUUUCAAUCUCAACUAGAAGUUCUUCAAGGAAACCACAAACAUCAUUAUUAUCACAACAGUUACAAAACUCAUCAUCUCAGAUGGCCUCUGGAGAAAAAUCAAUUUAUAGUUCAAACGAAUCAACAAAUUCUAUGUCAUUCCUGCAGUCAAACAAUAUCCAAAACAUCUCUAAUUCUCCUUCUUGGAAAUAUUCUACUGUCAGUGCGUCUCCUCAUACCAAUUAUUCAGAUUCAAUUCAACAACAAAGAGGUCUAAGGAAAGAAGAUUUAUACUCUAAGCAUAGUACUAAAAGUAGUGCAACAAACUUAAAAAGAUCAGAAGAUUCAUUCAGAGAGCAGUCACCAUCUUUUCAAACUACUUUCGGGAAUCCUCAAGGCCCUAGUGCAAUCACUUCUGUAACUGAUACAAAUGCUUCUGCCCAAACAGAAAAUCCGGUAAAAUUAACGAAUACUAUAACAGAUGAUUUGGACUGGUUGAAAUUUGGGUUAUGA